GAAAAUCCAUCUAUCGAGCUAGAAAAAUCCCGAACCAUGAAACCCUUCUUUAGCCACUUCAUUUUGUUGCUUGCAAUUUCAACACUUGUCAUGUCUCAAGAUUCCUGUACUGUUGGUCUUGGUCCUCAGUCUGGCAACUACCAUGUGGAAAUUCGAAACCACUUGAGCCAUGACACCAUUUUGAAGGUGCGCUGCAAGUCUGGUGGUGGAGAUCUGGGUGACCAUUGGAUUGUAAAUGGGCAGCGUUUCACUGUUGGUUUCCACAAUGACAAAUGUGUCUCGACCGAAUACUGGUGCAAGCUAAGUUGGGGUUCCAAAUCCAGCCAUGGCGGCAACUAUCGCUUCUUCAGCUGUGAAGAAUCGUUUCUCAAGUUCUGUAAUUUCCAGGACUGCAGUUGGAAGGUUAGGGAUGAUGGGAUAUAUUUGCAUGACAUGCAUGGACUAAAAGAUGUGAAAUAUUAUGACUGGGAGAGCUAAAUUGGUCUUUAUACCAAGGUCAGAGGCUCAGAUUGGCCUGUGGUACAAGAGGACUUAUGGAAUAAAUAAAAAACCAUGGACUUUAUAUUUAUGGUUGUAAGAACUGUUUUUUCUUUU